UUUAAAAAAAACAGACAGUCUGACCCCCUCAUCAACAAGCCACUUCCUCUUUUGUCUAAUUUCAUGGCGAUCGGGAGAGAGGGAACACCACCGACGGACGCACACUGUCUCGGCACUCCUGAAAGAGUUUAUCUGGGUUUAAACUAAGUUGUCAACCUUCCUGGCACACACGACAUUUUCCAGGUGAUACUAGGCGGACGUCAUUAAAGAGCCUCCUCCAGCUCCCAGACUUGUUCUUCGCUGUCCCAGGUUAAGACUCCUUGGUCUAUGGCUCUGAUGGACAAAACCAAACACGUCAAGCGGCAGAGACUGGACCGCAUCUGUGAAGGUAUCCGACCCCCCAUCCUGAAUGGGCCGAUGCACCCUCGGCCCCUGGUGGCCCUGCUGGAUGGACGCGACUGCACUGUUGAGAUGCCCAUCCUCAAAGACGUGGCGACUGUGGCUUUCUGCGACGCUCAGUCCACACAGGAGAUACAUGAGAAGGUGUUAAAUGAAGCUGUGGCUGCUCUGCUGUAUCACACUAUAACUUUAUCCAGAGACGACUUGGAAAAGUUCAAAGGCCUACGGGUUAUCGUCAGGAUCGGCUCGGGCUUUGACAACGUUGACGUCAAAGCAGCCGCUGAGCUCGGCAUCGCUGUCUGUAACGUGCCAGCAGCCUCGGUGGAAGAGACGGCCGACACGUCGCUAUGUCUGAUUCUCAACCUGUACAGGCGGGUCACUUGGAUGCACCAAGCCCUGAGGGAGGGGACCCGGGCCUCCAGCGUGGAGCAGAUCAGGGAGGUGGCUGGAGGUGCUGCUCGAAUCCGCGGUGAAACGUUGGGCAUCAUCGGUUUAGGACGUGUUGGCCAGGCUGUGGCCCUGAGAGCCAAAGCGUUUGGAUUUAGCGUAAUCUUUUAUGACCCGUACCUGCCUGACGGCGUCGAGCGCUCGCUGGGCCUCCAGCGAAUGGCCACGCUGCAGGACCUGCUCAUACACUCUGACUGCGUGUCCCUGCACUGCAGCCUCAACGAGCACAACCACCACCUCAUCAACGACUUCACCAUCAAACAGAUGCGUCAAGGAGCGUUCCUGGUGAACACGUCAAGAGGCGGGCUGGUGGACGAGAAAGCUCUGGCUCAGGCCCUGAAGGAGGGCCGGAUACGUGGAGCCGCCCUGGACGUGCAUGAGACAGAACCGUUCAGUUUUUCAACGGGCCCCCUGAAGGAUGCCCCCAACCUGAUCUGUACCCCUCACACAUCCUGGUACAGCGAGCAGGCUUCAGUUGAGGCUCGUGAAGAAGCAGCCAGAGAAGUGCGCCGGGCCAUCACUGGUCGUAUCCCUGACAGCCUGAAGAACUGUGUGAAUAAGGAGUAUCUGAUGGCUGCCUCCCAGUGGCCCACCAUGGAGGCAGCUACUGUUCACCCAGAGCUUAACGGAGCCACCUACAGAUUCCCCCCAGGUCUGAUCAACGUGGCAGCAGCAACGGGGGGCCUGCCAGGAGCAGGCACAGGCGUGGAGAGCCUGGUUUCAGGAACCCUGGCGCACGGCAUCGCCCCCGUCACCCACCCCCCUCACGCCCCGUCCCCGGGGCAGCCCACUAAGGCUGAAGGCGACAGAGACCUCCCCUCCGACCAAUAGCCCCCUCUGCCAGCUCUGGCACAUUCCGUCAUCUCUGGAAACCAAACCCUCGUCGUUCCCCGCCGCCCCCGUCCUCCGCCUCGCCUCGCCCCUUCAGGGUCAGACACAAAGCGACGCUCCGGUGCACGGGAAGCACCAGUCUGACCCAUCCUGGAUCUCCGGUCCUUCGUCUGAUCAGACAACCAGCCCAGGAGUGACCCAUCUACACCAAUCCAUCCCCCCCCCCCCACAUCCCUCCAUCCUCAUCUCACGCACCGUCAGACACCCCCCCCUCACCCCCCACAAUGUCAGCAAUAACUGUGUUCUCAAGGAUUCAAUUAUUGGAUUGGUUUUACUUCCUUAGCUGGCUGUUGUUUUAAUGGAAAGUUGAUCUUUUGUGGUUCUAGGUGUUGCUGUUUUGCUUUUUCCGACAUGAGGCUUUAGUCUGCUGCCUCCAGCAGGAACAGAACAGUCAAAGCUCCACUUUGUACAUUAAUGGCUGUGUUACUACUCUCUUCUUCUUCUUCUGUUGUUGUUGUUUUUUAUUUUUGAUUUCCUGGCCCCUAUCUGCUCGUAUUAUGACUGGGGGAAACUGCUUAUUACAGUAAGGCGGUCAGAAUCUAGCCACCCUCCAUCCCUCAAACCUCCUUGGCAUUAUUAGCUUGCUCAGCAGAGGGUUUAUAAUGCAGUCUGUGUGGAGCUCUCUUAACUGUGAAACUCUAUAGCGUUAAACCAUUUAAAGAAUGAAAUCCCCCUAUAAAGACUUUUCUCCCCUUACUUGCUCAAAGGUUGCUUAGCAAGCAGCUAGAGACAGACCCAUUUGGUUUUGGUCCCCAAAAGGAAAUCUAAAUCGAGCCAGCAGAGGGCGCCCUCUAUCUGGCCUCCCAGUAACAGAUCAUUGAUGCUACUUUAAGUGAUGCAACGUAACAAACACGGAGAAACUGACUUAAAAUUUGCUAAGAUUUCACCACCCUGCACAUCCUCAUCCUCCUCUCGUAUCAUGGCUCUCCCAGCACAGUCGCACACACCAGUUCGCAUCCACCAGUCCCUUCAGGUGUGACAGGACAGUAUGGGUCAGAUUCCCUGCAGGAGCAAACAGCGGCUAGCGUUCCUGCAUGCUUGCAUCUUCAAGACAGUGGUGUGUGUGCGUGCGUGUGUGUGUGUGAGUGAGGUAAGUGUUUCCUCCCUCACUCUUGUUGUUGUCGUUCCAAAGGAGUCGUCCCUUACAGUUAACUCU